AUGGAGCCUCUCGAGAUUCGAGAGGAUGGAGUUCAAAGUAGCAGCGGACACCCGAAGGAGGCGAACGAAACCUCAGCUGAGCUUCACGGGCGGCUGUUUUGCUGCUGCAGUGCCUCCGCUGGUGCGGGGGAGUCUGGCGAGCAGCACGUGGCGCACAGUUACAUUUGCGGCCACAUCCUGCAGGAGGCUGCUUGGCGUAUUCAAAAUGCGACGAAGCUUUCAUUUGACCCCUUUGUUGAAGAAGGAGAACCGAAGCCACCUUACUUGCUGUCCCUCUCUGCUGGCAGCUCAGCAGACAGCAGCAAAGGCGCAUCCUUCUCCGUCAGGGAUUCUGGAGCAGCUAAGGAGGCGUUGCUUCAGAACUCCAAAGUGGCUCUUCUACUCGACUACUAUGAGCGCUUGCUGGCUGCCGAUGUGCUGCAGCUAGUGGCGCGUGGAGGCCGCGGCUGUUCCCCUUGGGCUGCAGCUUCGUCUGAUGAUCUGCUGGGAUCGCGCAUUCCCCAUUGUCAUUUGUUCCGUGAAGAAGAUCUUGUGGCACAGAAACUGCUAAGUGCGUAUGAGGUGUACGCCUACCUCGCUCGCUGCUCCAGCGGCGAGCAGCUGACAACAAAACUCCGCAGCUGUCUGCAGUACGCCAAGGAAAUGCGGGAGAGCUGCGGCCUCCCCCGGACACUAAACCCUUUGAUGCAGGCCGCUGCUGCUGCCGUUGCGGUGUACAGACGGGACAAUCCGCCACCGAUGCAGCAGGCUCUGCUGCAACAGAAGUUGCAGCAAAUGCAGCAGCUUCCCCACCAGGUACAGGAGCUGGCCGGGUGGCUGUGCAGGUUGAAGGCAGAGCAUCCACAGCGGUGGAAGCAGUGGCUUGGUCACCUGCAGCAAAGACGGCUGCUGCGGCUGCAGCGCGAUCAGCAGCGUCAGCAGUUUGCUGCUGCUGGCGAGUCCAUCGAGAAGCUAUGGCAACAGCUGCAGCACUACAGGGAUAUGCAGCAGUUUGACGGCACUGGCCUCCAGAUGGAGCUGCUGCUCCUCUCAAGAGAAGAGGAAGCGGACCGGCAACAGCUCGGAGAGGAAAUAGCAGCAGAAGUGGAGGAGUUGCUGACGUAUGCCGUCGAUACAGCGCUACCGCAGCAGCUUCCCCCCUUUGAUCUUUCGGAUGUAUUGUCAGCCAUUCUAUCAAAACUCUACUCCACCUCUGUGCCUCUCCCAGGGACUCCUCUCCGUCUGCUGCUUCUUUCCUCUAAGGAACUGCCUGAGACGGCAGACGGCGCACGAGCCCCUGCAUCCGCAUCAGCAGGAGAAACGGCCGCUGCGGGAAAAGCAGCAGCAGCAGCAGCAGGGGCAUCGCUACCUCUGCAGGAGCAGCUGCGUCGCUGUCUCUGUCGCACUCUGUCUGCAGUUGUGAGCUGCCGAGUGAACGAACGGUCAGCGGGGGGUCAGCAGCAUUUGGCGCUGCACUUUCCUUUUUUUUCUACAGCUGCUGCUUUUCCUAUUGCCCCUCCUGUACCUCCAGAGACCCUCCCGCUGCAGUACCGGCAGCAGCUGCAGCAGCAGCAGCAGCAAACCCACCAAGUCCUUGCAUCCUUCCAUGCCACCCUGGACGAACCACUGGACUCCGUUUCGCUUCAUGUUGGCGUCAGUCAUCCUGGUCUUCCUAGGCCUAUUGAGGCUCUUGUGGCUGUUCCCCUGCCCCCUCAGCUGUCUGCCAUGAGAGAAGAAUACGUCCGCAGCAACUCCGUCGCAGGCGAGCCCUCCACUGCGUACCACCCGUCUCCAGUAUCUUUCUGUGUAGACAUCCCCUUCAGCUCUGUUCGCAGCAGCAAACUGCAGCAGCAGCAGCAGGAGCAGCAACAGACAGCAGAAACAGGGGCAGAAGUCGGCAAGGAAUUCUCCCAGCAAAGUCGUUCUGUGAACUCUAUGCACGAUCCACAGCCACAGGGGUCCUGCGUUGUGCCGCUGCCUUCGUUUCUGUCUCUGGAGACGGCUGCAGCUAGAGAUAGGCGGCUACAGCAGCAGCUGCAGCAGCAGCCGUUGCUCUCUACUCCUGCCUGGGGGGAGCCGGUAACAGCAGAUAUUACUGCACUAGAUAUUGAAAGGGCAGCAGACGCCGCUGCUCAGCGGGCUGAAGCUCAGCGCAAUCGUUCUAUGCUUGCUGCUGCUGUUGUUUCUGCCCGCGCUGCUUCUGCUGUCGGCGUCGCAGAGGCAGUUGCUGCUGCAGCUGAGGCCCGUGCAGCAGCAUCAUCUGAUGCUCCUACAACUCGUAAGAUGCCCUUUUCUUCUGCAGCUACGCGGCUGCGCUCUGCCCUAUCCCGGUUUCCUCAUGCGGGCAAUAGGGAGCAGGAACCACCACAAUCAGCAGCGACAGCAGCAGCAGCAGCAGCAGCAGCAGCAGCAGCAGACGUCUCUCCUACAAGCUAUGAAGGUGACAGCCCUACUGCCGCAGCAGCAGGUGCUGCUGCUCCUGGAGAGGCGGUGGAGGAGGCAGCGCCGGCAGCACGCGCGGCUUAUCGCUCGGAGGCGCAGCACUCUGCCUCUCGGCCUGAAGAAGAGUCAAGAGGACCGCAAAGGGCGCCUUCGUCUCUGGCGUGUUCAUUUCCUAUAGAGUCAUCGGGUCUAAAGGAAAUUGCAACAGCGACAGAGAGAGAUGAAAAUGAAGCAAGCGCGGUUGAGAUGUCCUCCUUAGCUUCAGUUCUCCCCUUUGAGUAA